UUCAACAAUCGGCAGCUAGUCAGUUCCCUAGCCACGAUGAAUGCAAUACCAUACCUGCUGUUCGGACUCCUGUUCGGCUUAAGGAUACAAGAAAACACCGCCCUCCAGUGUUACUGUGAUCGCUGCAGUGCCAACUCCAGCUGCACCACCGAUGGAGUCUGCUACGUUGCAAUCAGCGAGUCGGGCGGACGGCAGUCAACUGAACGCCGCCAGUGUGUGCGUGAGGUUGAACUCAUUCCCAGAGACCGGCCGUUCAUCUGUGCCCCAUCCACAAAAGGUGACACGGGCAUUUAUCCACUGUGCUGUACCACCGACUUCUGCAACAAGGAGCCCAAUAUCACACUCUUCCCUGCGGUUCACACAAAGAAGACCCCGUCUCUUGGCCCAGUGGCUCUGGCUGCAGUAAUCGCAGGGCCAGUCUGUGUUCUUUGCCUGCUGCUUGUUUUGGCAUUCUACAUUUGCCAUAGCCACCGGGGUCUUGGCGCCGGGGGCGCAGGGGCCCACCAUCAUCACCACCAUCGGGUACCCAACGAAGAAGACCCCUCAAUGGACCACCCCUUCAUCACUGCCGGCACGACACUGAAGGACCUGAUCUUUGACAUGACCACUUCAGGCUCUGGAUCAGGCCUCCCACUGUUGGUGCAGAGGACAAUUGCCAGGACCAUUAUUCUUCAGGAGAGCAUCGGCAAGGGGCGCUUUGGGGAGGUGUGGCGAGGUAAAUGGCGGGGCGAGGAAGUUGCUGUGAAGAUCUUCUCAUCCCGAGAGGAGCGCUCCUGGUUCCGCGAAGCUGAGAUCUAUCAGACAGUAAUGCUGCGCCACGAAAACAUCCUGGGAUUCAUCGCUGCAGACAACAAGGAUAACGGGACGUGGACUCAGCUGUGGCUCGUGUCUGACUACCAUGAACAUGGCUCGCUGUUCGACUACCUUAACCGCUAUACUGUUACUGUGGAAGGAAUGAUCAAGCUGUCACUGUCCACUGCCAGUGGCCUCGCCCAUCUGCACAUGGAAAUUGUUGGGACACAAGGGAAGCCAGCUAUUGCUCACAGGGAUCUGAAGUCGAAGAACAUUUUGGUGAAGAAGAACGGGACCUGCUGCAUCGCUGACCUGGGUCUCGCCGUGCGUCACGACUCAGCCACGGACACAAUUGAUAUUGCUCCUAACCACAGAGUGGGAACCAAAAGGUACAUGGCCCCAGAAGUCCUGGAUGACUCAAUAAACAUGAAACACUUUGAGUCCUUCAAGAGAGCAGACAUCUAUGCCAUGGGCCUGGUUUUCUGGGAGAUUGCCAGCCGAUGCUCGAUGGGAGGCAUUCAUGAAGACUACCAACUGCCAUACUAUGACCUGGUUCAGUCAGAUCCAUCAGUGGAGGAGAUGAAACGGGUGGUGUGUGAACAGAAGCUCCGGCCCAACAUUCCUAAUCGCUGGCAGAGUUGUGAGGCUUUACGUGUGAUGGCCAAGAUCAUGAGGGAGUGCUGGUAUGCCAGUGGUGCUGCUCGGCUCACGGCGCUCCGGAUCAAGAAGACCCUGUCUCAACUUAGCCAACAGGAGGGAAUCAAAAUGUAGACGUCACCAAAAAACUCGCGCACACACACACACACACACACAUACUCACACACACACACACAAACCUUUGACGGGCAUCCGUAUUGUUAGCAUUACGCCAUGUGCAGUUUUCAUUCUUCAUUUACCCCUCGCCCCCUGCUAAUUUGGAAGAGAGAGGGGGACCAUGGCUCCUCUUGCUUUAUAUUGAAGUCCACUUUAAGGGGACGGAGUGGUGAGGUGCUUACAGAACUGAACCGGUGUGUAUGUGUGGCGAGGCAGGUGAGGGAGCAGGAGAUGGUUCUGAUGUGGAGGAAAGGGUUCCUCACCGUCCCCUGCUCCUCUGUGCACCACUCUCGUAGGGCUGUGAGCUGAUUCGUGCUAAAAGGUUAGCAUUACAAAAGGCUUUUAAUCUGGACAAGACGACGCCGGUAGCAGUUCAAAGGUCACAAAACACACCCACAGAGAGAUACUAAAAUCACCUGAGAUUAGCUUGUUAGCACCGAAGCAAUUCGCUUUCAUGUAGAAGUGGACUGGCUGCAGAGUCUGUGGACCAACGGCGGUGUUGCAAGCUGCAGCCCUACUCCAGAGUAGCGUCGCAGUCACGCUGGUGAUCUGGUUAAAUCUCAUCUCACCUGAUUUCUUAGACUGUUCACCACCUCCUGUUGCAUCAUCAGGGAUCUGGACAAGUCCCAUUAAUUUAUUGCAUUUCUGUCCGGUGGCAGGGGACUUUUUGUUUUUUGUUUUUUCUCUCGCUAAACUGAACUGGACAUGAUGACCUCAGUCAUUUUUUUUAGCAAACAUGCUGCAACAUAUGCAAUAUACAGUAGAUGUGUGUUUAUUUUCUAUAUCCGGCUAAAGCAAACCGCAAGAUCUAACACCGAUCAGCUGCCAUCAUGCCUUCCAAGCCAGCUGUUGCAGGAAAGUGCCAGUGCUUUAAAACCGAACGCCUCUCAUGUUCGCUGCUGUGGGGUGCGUUUGUUUUUUCCCGAGUAUGCAGCCCUGAGCGUGCAGGCGCGUGUCCGCCGAGCCCCACCGAGCGCACCCACGCUCAAACUAUGCACACCCAAGCCAGUGGGUCCAGGAGAGCAAGAAGAGACACCCUGCACCUCAGCGACAACCCAGCCCACACUCUGGUGCCAUUUCACCCACCACCCCCCACCCCACCCACAUUCUCCACUGGAGCUUCAGAACCUCAGAAAAAAAAAUGCCACUCUGGCUCAUGGCACUUUUCAAGAAGAGACACACGCAGACUGAUUCCAUACAUUCAACUUUUGCGGAUUUUACUUUAUUUUUUAAUCUGUGCAGCAACAUUUUGACAAAGUGUUUCCUUCUCUGUAGGAUAAUCAACAACAAAAAACAAGCGGUGAGGUACAUUUAUUUAAUUCUAGCAAGCUGAUGUCUACUAAGCCAUAGGUCGUUCCACUUGUGGAUUCUCUCCUUAUUCUUUGUGGCUACUGUUUUUUUUUCUACUAGAAUGUACAUGUAUGUAAAACACACGAUGACAAACAAGCGUUACAAAAAAAAAAAAAGUUUUUGUCAUUUCAGCUUAGCAAGCCUUAAGGGACCAACAUAAUAUUUGAUAUCAUGUCUCCCUGUCUCAUUUGCUUUAUUAACUAGUGGUUAUCUAAAGUUUCUAUUGUAUAUAUGAUGUUGGUGUGUGUACACAGAAGUAUGUGUACGCCGUAUUAAUGUUGAAUUGAAGUGUUUUUUCUUGUUGCCAAUCUCGCCAUACGUGUUGAUCUCACUGAACUGCCGGCAUUUCAAACAAGACUGAAACAAAGCUGUUGGUCAUUUCCUUCAAUAAUUUCGCGGCUUAAUGUGAUUAUUAAGCAAUAACCACCAGGCCAAUCGUGUUCCUCCCCCCUCCCCUCGUGGCAGUUUUCGUCAGUGAAUCUGUCCUGUAUGUCGCUAUGGUUACAUGAUGUAUUGAUGUGCUGCUAUCUGGUCGUCCACCUAGCUAUCGUUGAGAAGGUGAGAGCUGCCGCUGGAUGUGAAAAUCCGCCGAUUGCCUGAAUCUGAUCGUUCUGUGCCAUGUUUCGAUGCCACAUAUCAAGCUGAACUAAAUCUGAGAGCUCUGUGCUCCAUGCUGAAGGAUCGACUCGUAAUUUGUCAGCGUUCGCUUCAGCGGCCGCCGCAGCUGCCGGGGUGUGCGCUCGCUCGCGCCGCAUCGAUUUCACAGCGCUGCGCCGAUCCACCUCCGAGCAUCUGCUUGUCGUGCCGCACCUCUUCUUGUCGAUCGUUUUUUUUUGUUUCAUCCUUCAAAGGUUGUGAUUAACGCCGCAGCGAGCCAUCACAACUCUUCAGCAAUAUCACAGAUUUAUCGACACGUGGUGAACAAGUCUCGGGAAAUGAUGUCAUCAGGGAUAAAUUCAGCUCAAAAUGUAGAAUGUUCUAUGUGAUCCACUCUCUGGGAAGCUCUGACCAUGUGAAUUAACCAACCUAUGCUAGAAGUGACAUAUGAAGCCUUGUAAAUACGGAGAGAAUGUUUUCCUAACAUUUGUAGAAAGUAUUAAAGUAUUACCGAUGCUCUUGAAUUGAAAAGCCGGUGACUGAAUAAGAUGUAAAAAAAUGUUCGAAGAAGUGGUGAAACUUUGCAGCUUCAUGAGGUUCGCUUUUGGUGUCAAACUCUAAAAUUGCUCGAUAUCAAAGUCCUGCUGGGCAUAUGGGGGUACGCGAAACAGGCUCGUCUGUUCGUCUCAUCAGCAACCUCAUUCUCUGGGACUAGAACAACCACAAAAAACUCAACUCAGCAGCACCUCGGGUCCGCCUCGACCUUCAUUCUGUCUUAAACUCACCAGCAGCCUUGUACUCUUCUUGUCCAAAAGCAAGAUGACUUAAAUGUACAGAUGUUUCCGAGCUAUUUCUCUCAUGUGGUCUUGAUACAACGACGAGUUCUUUGCCUUUUUCUUUUUCUUCUCAUUCCAUGUUUGGGUUAGUGAUCUGCCAGCCACAAGGGGGAGACUUCACUGCAACCACUUCUAGACGAGCGCAGCCCUUGUGUUAGCCUUUUCCAGUCGCAAGUCUUGCUUGAAACAAACAUGCCGCUAGCUGAGGGUGAAGGAUCCUUGCGGAAGGCAGAGGAUUGACACCUCGCUGUUGCCUGAAAGUUGUCUUCUGCGAGACUCUGGGUCUUUUCCCUGGCCACUCGCGAUGAUGUCGUUUGGAGGGGCGCCUUCCUCUUUGACUUCUAUAUUGACUGCUUCUUUUUUUGCUUUCAAACGCCUCCUCCCCUGUGCCUCCUGGCCUCAAUAGCCUCCUAGCUGUUGGGUGUAUUCCUCCAGACUCCACGUACCUGUCGACAUGCUGGAGCUGCUCUCCCCCCCAUUAAGGGAUCGAUACUGCGCGACCUUUCUUUCCUUGCGUCGACAUCCCAAGAUCUUUACUUCCACAUACAGUAGUUUGUGGAAUCCAUUACUGAAAUCGCUGAGUUGCGUACAAGUAUUUCCGGGAGAGGUGGAGGAGCAUGUUUGUUUCAAGCAGAGCUGUGUUUGCAGAAUGCAGGAGAGGCCUCUACAGUAGCGUUUCUAUCAGUGCCAUCCUUUCCUGCCACGCUCAUGACUGGACUUCUCGAUCGCUGCCUUGGCUCUGAAGUGGUUAUACACACGCUCUAGUGCGGCCCAGGUCCCGCUUUUUUGGCAGUAGUUCCAACAGAAACCAAGAGAUCUGGCCGUAUAUGCAUCCUCACUCAUCUCUGAGCCAGACACCGCGCCGAGAGAGGACCAGCGUAACCGAGCAAAGGUCGACUCUGCCAGCAGCUCUCUCUCUCUCUGGCUUGCACUGAGAAACAUCAGCAGCUGUGAAUGUAUCGGCCCCUCAACCCGAGCACAAAUCCGCGUAACUAGUUAUGCAAAUUAGAACGGAGGCUCGGCCUCCGAUUCAGGGUGAACAGCCGCCAGUUAUGCUAUCAGGAUCCAGACACUGUGAUGAGAUCUGUGUCGACUCAGCCAUCAGGGGUUGUGCCGCAGUGUUCGCCGUGGCCACGUUUGGGUCGUGGAAGGGCAGCGUUUCUCUCUCUCCAGGUGGCGCUGCAGUGAACCUUUUGUGGCAUCAAGAGUAGCAGAAAGCUUUAUCAUGUUUCAUUUGGUGCCUAAGUUGGACGAGACGUCUUUUACUUUUCCGAUGACAAGACUGCAUGUGAUGGUGUGUCUGCAUUCUCUGCUUUACCGUCGUCAUCCAAAAGUCUCUUAAAAAGGUUAAAUUAACAUAUUAAAAAAGGUCAUUUAAUGUAAAAGAAAAUACCUCCUUUUUAAAAGAAAAAAGACCAAUGUGUUUUUACCUCACUGUAAAUAGAUUUUCAAUUUGUUUACUUCAAAUUUGCAAUGAUCUUUCUCUUUAAUUUCUAUGAAAUGCUUAAAAUAGUUAUUUUUCUUCAACAUGUUUUUUGUCAAAUGACAUUGUACUGUGUUUGUGUUGUACCCAAGCAGUAUGCUGGUCCUCUUUUGCAAAUGCUCUGUGUAUGACCUGUUGGUUGUGAUCUGCGUGAGCUGUACAGUCGAAGCGCUUUACAAAUGUCUGCGCCCCUUCAGAGCUCUGCUACAAAUGCCUUGUUCGAUAUGUUGUUUGGUUUAACUACAAAGAAAAAAAAGAAAAAAAGACAGAGGCGAGCAAGGCGGGAUGUGGAAGUAACGGACUGAAAAGCCGCCACGCCUCUCCACGACUUUUUUUUUUUUUUUUUU